AUGAAUGCGCGCAGGGCUCAUCAAUUUGUCAGAAGAUGUCUUCACAACAGACCGAAGUGCGUUCCAGAUGGUGAAGGCAGAUCUGACAAAGUUAGCUGGGCCAACAGCGUUUUUGGGAACUACGUGCGACGUAUUGUCGAGCCAACAUUCUCGAGCAUAGAAAUGUACCUCUCCGAUCAGGGAGCAGAUGUGGAACAUACGGCGAAACACACAAGUAAUAGGAAUGAAUACGAGUAUCUGAAUCUUCGUAAGACGGCCGACAUCAGAAUACUAAACUCUAGACCAUAUACCAAGAAUACAUAUAUCGGAACUUGGAAACGAAGUAAGGACACUUUGAGGCCUCAUCACGUUACUCUUCUGAGUUCAUAUGUUGUCAAUGGAACUAUAGACGAACUUCCAACAAUACUAGAAUUCUUGCUGAGGACCAGAUGGUUUACCAAUGCUUCUAUCUUACUCAACGGGGCAGAUAUGAGUUUCAAAGACUUUUUAGAUUAUAUUAACGCACUCUUGGUCCAGCAAUUCGAUUCAGACUGGUCAAGAAAAGAAUUUCUUAGGCAUCUUGUGCGUGAACUUUCAAACCCACGGAUACUUCUUCAAAUAGACAGAAAAGAUCUACUGGUUGAUUUAGAGCUUGCGAACCAGUUGGAGGACAGAUAUUUGGAAACGGAUUAUCCCUUUGAAAUAUUGCAACUCCACCUGGAACGGAUUAGUAACCAAGAUGGGAGUGAUAUAAUUGAAAGUACCAAGCUGAAGCUUCUGAUUCGAAACAUUAAAGAAAAUGUGCCUGAUCCCAAACUUCAGGUCAAAGAGUUCUUUCGUGUGGCAGAGACCUUCGAGCAACUUUUUGCUAACGCCCCUGACAGCGUUGGGUUUUUUAUUCUGGCAUGUGUACCGCAUAUGGAGAAGGACACGAGAUGUCGCUACUUUUCAAGCGCCUUUUUUGAGUCCUUCCUGAUGCUCCAUAUUACAGUAAAUGACGUGAGAAUCAUUCUGGAUAAGCUCAUACUAAACGAAAAACAAUUACAAGAGCUUUGGGAGUUUUGCAAAUCACCAGAUAUGUGGCUUCAGGGACAGUUCUUUCAACAUAGGUACUUCAGUAAACAUAUCACGGACGAAGCCUUUUCCAAGUUGCCCCCAUCGAUGCAGAGAAUAUUUUUAACUGAACUCUCAAAGGUAGCAGGAGAUGCCAAGGAAUUGCAAAGAAUUUUCGCUCUUGGAACAUGCAUAUGUGACGAAAAGGAUAGGCAAGCUAUCCUCCAAAAUAUUAUCAAGCGCGUGACUACAAAGCAUGUCAACUCGACAGAUGAUUGGCUGCAAUUACUAAAAAUGCUCCUUGAAUUCGCAGAUAAAUUGCCCUCUACCGUGAUUUGGUAUAUGACCACUUUUGGAGCUUGUUCCGCCAAAGUUUCACCCAGCAGCUCUCAUCUAAAACAUCUUGUUGCAAUACUUGAGCAUCAAAGCAAUUCGUAUGGACUUCUCUUGAUGAAUUUAGUUUUACGUUGGUUCAUAACACUCCGGCCAGAAGCUCCUGAUAGAGAAAGAAAAAGAAUACUUGGCGAUCUGUUUGCCAAACCACUGGAUAAAGUGAAAGACUUACCACCAGAAAACGAAAAGAGAGUUGCUAACUUCUACAUAUUGGGUUCGAAAGUUCCCAAAGUCGUGCCAUUUGGUUCCGAGCACUUAAUCAUUAUACGCAGACAACUGAAGAAACUGGACAACGAUAGCAUUUCAUACAUUAUCGGCAACUACGUUGAUAGCUUAUUCACAGAAAAGAGCUACACUCACCAAAAAGUUCACAAAAAAGUUCGGGGGGCAAGCUUUACGAUUGACAUACUGUUUCGUCUCGUUUUGGAUAAAGGUCCUAUGAAUUGGGAUUCUUUUGUGGAGACUAGCUCAAUUCUUGACAAUUAUACACUCUACAAGUCACUGAAUUUUCAAGCUACAGAUUCAAACACUCGGCGAAGUUUGAUCAAAGUCAUGGACUCCACAGUUGAUGGCUUAGCCGAAAACCUCUUGACAGGCUACGUCCCACGUUAUAGAUACAUUAAAGAUGAUCAAGAAGAAAUUGGGCUGGAAAAGCUGAAGCUUGUGUGCUCAAAACUAGAAAACGAGGGCUAUAUCACCGAUUGUUCUGAUCAUGUAAAAACCAACAGUAUGGUGUCGCGCGAGGACGCUUUGGAACAAGUUCGAUUGCAAGCUACCGUGCAUGCCAAAAUGCGGAUGGUGCAUUCCUUACUCUCAACCAAUCCACAUCUAAUUGACAAAGUGCUUGAGAAAUAUUACAUUGAUUAUAGUACGGAUAUACCGCCUGCUCUGAUUCAUCAGAUGAUGAUCUGCAUUAUGGAGUCAGAGUUCAACUUUUCAGAAAAACUCAAAAUUUACAGGUAUCUCGAGAAAUUGGCAUUGAAGCUGGUUCCUAACUCAAUUAACUACGCCAAAUAUCAGCGAGGAAGAAGAGCAGCAGAAGUAUUGAUCGACAAGCUCAUUACCGAUUCGUGGAAAGAGGGCUACGAUCAUAAAUUGCUGAUUAGUACGCUAACGAAAAGACCACAUCUUUUUAUAGCCGCCCGAUCACGUAGGUGGUCUGCUCUGCUGAAAAACAUGAAAAUUAAAGAAGACGGAUUUUGGAAGGAAAAGCACAGAUAG